CUAAAAUUCAUAUUCAUAAACGUCAAAAGUCAAAACUCAUUGCGAAUCGAUGAAUUAAAUUUGUAUUUUUAAGAAAUAAUCAUGGGAAAAGAAGACACUACUACGAAGAAACGUCGCAAAUUAAAUACAAGUUCUAGUAACGAGAGCUCUAAACAAAGCCCCGUGGAUUUGUACAAGAAAGUAGUAGAAUUCGAAGAAUCUGAGGCUAAAUUGAGGCCCGCAGAAAAAGAUGCAACGUUAUUUAUGAAAAUUUGCCAAGAUGUUCGUCAACUUUUUACAGAUAUAGCAGAGUUAAAAGCCAAAGGCACAGAAGAGGCUAAGGAAAAAAUAAAUGCAAAGAGAAUAGAGGCGUCAUUACAUUUGGUUGCAUUAAAAAAAUUAAAUCGUUUAGAAAAGGUGCGAACCAGGGCAGGACGGGACGCACUCCACAAGGAGAAGCAGAGAGUAGACUCAACUCAAUUGCUUUUGCAAAAUUUAUUGUAUGAAGCUGAUCACUUAAAUAAGGAAGUUACAAAAUGUUUGCAAUUUAAAUCAAAAGAUGAAGAAAUUGAACUGGUGCCUGUUGAAGAUUUUUAUAAAAAUGCUCCAACAGAAAUUACGCGUCCAGAAAUUACCAAAAAAGAUGAACACCAACUUCAGCUAGCCAGGUUGGAAUGGGAGCUUCGGCAGCGUAGAGAGCUAGCGGGAGCAUGCAAUGAACUUAUUGCUUCCAAGGAAAGAGUGGCGGCGGCUAUAGCAGCUGCAAGGUCCCGGCUAGAUGCCUUAGCACCACAUCUUAGAGAUGUUCUAAAAUCAACUAAGCCUCUGCAGGAGUGCUUGGCAUUGAGACUAGAUGAAAAAAGAGAAGAAACUAAAUUGGCAUCUUUACUUCCCUCACCUCUAUUUCUUCUUUAUACAAAUGCCAGUGCAUAUUCUGAUGCAUUGGGUGUUAAAAACAUAAGCGUAGUUAUAUCUGGAGAUGAAGAUGAAGCUAGAAGGCUAGAACAAAUAAGCCAUGUAGAAAAUGAACUGGUUGUUUCCAAUGAUUCAGAUUCAGAUCAAGAUGCUAAUGAUGAGGAUCAGCAGGAAAAAAAGAAACGCCAUCAUAGAUCAACAAAAGUAUCAAAAGAGGAGAAGGCAGAAGCAAAAAAGAAAGAAGCUCUGAAAAAACACCCCUUAAAUGUUUCUCUAUCGGUUAAAAUCCCUGAUGGAACUGCUUUAAACUUGGCUUUUUCCUAUCUUAUGCAUUUAAAAAUCAUUGUGGUCAAGUUUUAUUUAGAUCAUUCAAAGCCAAUUGCCGGAGUUUCUGCUGCUGAUGUCCUGGAUGGAGACUGUGUUCUCAAUGAGUUGUACACUGGAGAUACAGGAAAUGACUCUCCACAUCCGGCCACUGCUUAUGUACUUAAAGCAGCUGGUAUUGCAGAUGCUUUUCAACACUUUAUUCCUGAAGUGGGUAGGCCUUACAUAUGGGCCCAAAGAAUGUGUGGAUUAGAUUUUAUGACUGCAAUAGGAGACGAACAGAAAGAUCUUAAAAAUUUCCAAUUAUGUCCUAGUUUAAGUGUGGCUACAGUUGAAAAUUUUAUUUUUACUUUACAAAAAAGAUUAAAAGCAAGAGUUGAACUAAUGAAAGAGUUGCAAGAUCUUGAGUCUGGUAAAAUCAUGCCAUCUAAAGAAACUUCUACUAUUAGGUUGUCAGGGUCUUUGACACAGUGGCAAUCAGUCAGUUGGUCAGAAUAUAGUCAAGCUCCAUCAACAGCAUUUUUAAUAUCAGAAGGUUUAGUUACUCCAGAUAACAUGUUGUAUCGUGCAAUCAUUACUCGCCAGUCUGCAAAAUUAGUGGCUUUAGUGGCCCUAAGCAGUGAUUACCCAAAGAAAGCGCCUCUUUUCUCAUUAACUCUACAUUACAAUGGAACUCAUCACAAUGCUACUAACGAUGAUAUUAGAGAUAUUGAGAGAGUUGUCAAUACAGAUUGGCAGAGUGGGAAUAUUUUAUCUCGUCAUAGUCUUUCACACCAAAUUCAACAAUUAUUAAUAUGUCUUGAUAUUUUGUUAGAAUCAAUGGGUACAUCUGAAUUUCCACCUGAUAAAGUCAUGAUGCAACCUGUGAGGGGCAGAAACAGGAUGAAACCUUAUAAAUACGUAAAACAAGGAACAGGUAUUUUUGUACAGUUUUGAUGUAACAAUUCUGUUUAUAAAAAUAAAUAUUUUGUAAAAUA